AUGUUCGGAGAUAGGCGGAAACCACGUGGAAGCAAAAAUAAUGUAAUUAAAAAUGGCUACUUAUUAAAGGUGUGGCUUAUUAUGGCUGCUAAAGGCUCCCCUGAAAGAUCUAAAGUUUUAAAUUUUAACAUUGGAGUACUAGGUCAUGUGGACAGUGGAAAAACAUCAUUGGCAAAGGCACUAAGUUCAGUAGCAUCGACAGCUGCUUUUGAUAAACACCCACAAAGUCAAGAGAGAGGGAUCACUCUUGAUUUAGGCUUUUCCUCUUUCUCAAUUCCAAUCCCUGAACACCUAAAAGAUUCUGGAUAUGAUUCAGUUCAGUUUACGUUGGUUGAUUGUCCAGGACAUGCAUCACUCAUUAGGACGAUCAUCGGUGGUGCUCAAAUAAUUGACCUCAUGAUACUAGUGGUUGACGCUAUUAAAGGAAUCCAAACCCAAACUGCAGAGUGUUUGAUUAUUGGUGAGAUAACUUGUGAUCACAUGAUUGUUGCUCUUAACAAGAUUGACCUGUUUGAGUCAUCAAAGAGAGAUGCACAGAUAUCAAAAAUCAGUAAAAGGAUCAGUAAGACACUUGAGGCUACACGUUUCAAUGGAGCACUGAUAGUUCCUGUUGCUGCAGCUAAACCAAGUGAGGCUACUGAUGGUCAAGUUGAUCCUAUUGGAAUAGAAAAGCUUAUACAGGUUCUAUCAGAAUCAGUUUUUGUUCCCAAUCGUUCUGCUGAAGGACCACUGAUAUACUCAGUUGAUCAUUGUUUCCCUAUCAGAGGCCAAGGAACAGUAAUGACUGGUACUGUACUCAAUGGAUCAGUUCAUGUCAAUGAUAAUGUUGAAAUCCCGUCUCUGAAAUUAACUAAGAAGGUCAAAUCGAUGCAAAUGUUUCACCAGCCAGUAGAGAGAGCUAUUCAAGGUGAUAGAGUGGGUAUAUGUGUCACUCAGUUUGAUCCUAAAUCAAUUGAGAGGUGCCUAGUCUGCAGCCCUGGGGCUUUACCUACCAUUUUUGCUGGUCUAUUUAAAGUAACUAAAGUCCGUUAUCAUAAGCUCUCUUGUCUCACUGGCUCUAAGUUGCACGUAACUAUUGGUCAUGAAACUAUAAUGGCUAAAACAACAUUCUUUGGAUCAACAGAUUCACCAUCUGAUGCCAGCCCUUCAUUUAACUAUGGACAAGAAUAUUCCUAUCAAGAAGAGCUAGAAUCAAAUCAAGAAGAUGGUGCUGUACAGAGUCCAGCAACAGCAUCAAAGCCUUCUUCUGUAGGAGGUCAGUAUGCUCUGGUGGAGUUUGAGAGACCUGUCAUAGCAGCUCCUCACUGUGUAGCUAUUGCAUCAAAACUUGAUGUUGAUCUUCAUAGCAAUAUUUGUAGAUUAGCUUUUUAUGGCAAUUUACUCGAGCAUUUCACUGAUAAGGACUAUCAGCAGACAAUUCUCCCAAGGCUAAGAGUAUUUAAAAUCAAAUCAAGAGAAGGUGUGGUGGAAAGGAUGCAAGAUGAGAAAACACUUAUUGGGAAGGGACUGUUUAAAAGAGAAACGAAAAUACAGUCAUUCAUAGGGCUUCAAGUUACUCUAUCUACUGGCGAAGAAGGUAUGAUUGAAGGUGCUUUUGGUACUACUGGGAAAUUCAGACUGAAUAUGCCAGAUGGUUUAAAAGACGAAACUAAACUUCAUUUGAAAACUGGAGGAGACAAAAAGAAAGGGAAAGGGUCAACAGAGCCUCCACCAUCAGGAGCUUCUUCUACAGAGUCCGGACUAUCAACUGUUAAGAUAUAUCUCAAAUUUAAACGCUACAUAUUUGAUACUGAAAAGAAAAUGAUACAAUAAUGAAUUCCAAUUAACUUAAAAUCAGUUUUUGUGAGUGU